AUGGACAGCCGUGGAUGGAUAUCCAUCGCGCUGAUCGCUUCUUUCAACAGGGUUAGGCAGCUAACAACCGACUUACACCUUGUGAAGGACGUACUCAGUUUAUCAAGUUUUGCGGAGGUUAAAGAUGAUUGGGUUCGUAUGAGAGGGGGGCAAUGGGAGCCAUUCGUCCUUCCUACUGCACACACGAGUGUUGUCGAGCCUCUUAUCCACGAAGCAACUCAAGAUGUAGUACAAUUUGAACCGCCGGAAGCAGAGGAGGAAUCACAAGUGACAGACGGUGAAGCAGAGGAAUGUGAUGGCGAUGGGGAAGAUGACGAGGAGGAAGAAGUUGAAUUCGUUAUUGGUCAAGAAGCAGCAGGCUCGUGGACACCAGAACGGCAACCCCAGUCGAGUUAAAUGCAACUCGGACAUUCAGAGCAACCUACAUAGUUCCACAUGUCAUACGGUCCUAGUCACAUGGAAGACUUAUCAAGUCACCACUUACAUCCUUCGCUCGUUACAGGCAACUACACGCCAGAUUAUUCUCUUUCCUGCAAUAUCUUAUACUUUCACCUUUUUGCUGCAAUUAUUCAUGGUUCUCGGAUUUGUGCCGCUAUUACUAAGGUUUUGUCCAGUACCCAUCUUUUACCACAAGACUCUGUCUCUCAGCUACAUGACAAACGUCAGCACAUCCGGCUUGAUCAACCAAAUUUGGUACCAUAUGUG